AUGUACCGAUUGAGUUCGAUGCAAUUAUCACAAGUACCUUUGAUUACUUUAACGAUCACUACCUUGUGGACGUUGAGUUUUGCAGGUAUUCUGGUGCCCGGUUUUGUUGACGGUCAUUCCCAUCCGGUGUUUGCCGGUGAUCGAGUGCACGAAUUCGCAAUGAAACUGGCUGGAGCGACUUAUAUGCAGGUACAAGCCGCUGGUGGAGGGAUUCACUUCACUACGGAAAAGACUCGGGAGGCUAGUAUGGAGAGUUUGGCGAAGGACUUCAAAAAGAUAGCUCAAACAAUGCUCCGUAAUGGAACCACAACGUUGGAAGCGAAGAGUGGCUACGGGUUGAGCACUGAAAGCGAGUUAAAGAUGCUGAAGGUACUCGAUCUCGUCGACAGAGAAAUUCCUUUGGAAAUAUCUGCUACAUUCUGUGGAGGCCAUGCAGUACCAAAGGGCUCAACAGAAGAAGGCCAUGUGAAGUUGAUUUGUGAGGAAAUGCUGCCCGCCAUACAAAAAGCGCAGGAGGCAGGAGAGCUGAAAAAUCUGGAGAACAUUGACGUCUUCUGCGAGAAAAAUGUCAUCGAAGUGGCUAACACGCGGAAAAUUCUAGAAAGCGGCAAAAAACAGGGGUUGGCGGCGAAUUUCCAUGCUGAAGAACUGACACGCAUUGGUGGAGCAGAGAUGGGAUCAGGAAAAUUCCAGGCUCGCGCUAUGUCUCACUUAGAAGAAAUUUCCGAUGACGGCAUACGAGCGAUGGCCAAAUCUGGAACAGUGGCGGUUGCACUACCGUCAACAGCUUUCAUUCUUCGCCUCACACCUCCUCCAGUUAGGAAAAUGAUCGAGAACGGAGUGAUCGUCGCGCUUGGCUCCGACUUCAAUCCAAAUGCUUUUUGCCUGGCCAUGCCUAUGAUUAUGCAUCUAGCAUGUGUCACCAUGCGUCUGAGUAUGGAAGAAGCACUUGUGGCAGCUACAUUGAACGCUGCUCAUUCUCUCGGACGUGGUCGAACCCAUGGUGCUAUUAGCGUUGGCCGUCAUGCCGACUUCGUGGUGUUCGAUGAAAGCGUCAGUUCAUGGAAGCAUAUCAUCUACAGAAUGGCUGCUCAAGACACGGUGAUUUCGCAUGUGGUGAAGAGUGGACGAGUGGUUCAUGACGCUCGGACGACUAGUUCAAACUGA